CGUUUCUUUCUUCAUUUCUCUUCUAUUCUUUCUUCUUCCUUGUUCUUCUGUUCGAACGAGGCAGAGACAUUGAGACUGAGAGGUGACGAGAGAGAUGUCGAGAGACUGAGAGGGAAAGAGAGAAGAGAGAUCGGAGAGAGAGAGAGUUUCAAAGGGAGAGACCGAAAGAUGAGAUCGGGAGGGUGAGAGAUGAGAUCGGGAGGGGGAGAACCGGAGUACCCAAAAGCUUGGGGAGGUCCGAUCCUCCAUGAUCGGCGGCUUGGACUGAAAUCUGGCGAUGGAGGAGCUCCGGCGGAACCCAAGGGCUUGAAUCCGCUACCCAUGAGCCCAGAAAACCCGAGAACCCGUAACCGUGACCCGUGCGACCCGCGACCCGAGAAGAAGACCCGGUUCUUGGAAGCGAUUUCCGGCGGAAUCAAUGGCAUUUUCCGGUGGAUUUGCUAUGAAAAUCCUUGGGAUGAUGAGUUAAGAGUUGAAAGACUGUACAAAAAGGGAUCAUGAGAUUGUGGUGUUAACCACAAUCACAUGCGAGUUUUGCAGGAACGAAGAUAGGAGCUGCUAGGUUGAUUAAGGACGAGACCUUUAGUUUGUAAAUUUUAUAUACAAUGAUUCCGUAAUGUUCGUACCGCAUGUGGUACACUUAUUAUUAUUGAAAUGUAUGUUAUUAUAUCAAAUCAAAUAGUUAUUAUUUUAUAUAUUGAGUUUA